AUGGACGGCUAUCUACUCAAUGUCGGUCUGAAGGUAGUCGACGUCGUCAAACAGAUCCUGGAAGCCGGACCUGAAUUGUGGUACUACGUCCCACGACUUCGCAAGCUCCUGGUUGGAACCAAGAAUAUCAAUAAUGCUGUGUGUCUAGGCCUCGGCGGCGGCUUCAUUCAACUCCAAGAACAAGGCGACGAGGAAACAUUCAUAUGGCAGUAUGCACUAUUCGAUGUGUUCUGCCAGAUCAUCGAGAAGAAACAAAAGAUGGAGUCAGGCAGUCUUCCUCGCUACUUCCAAGACCCAGCUUUCGAGGUAGAGGAAGAGCACAUCUUACAAAACGUUCUUGGUGAAAAAGUCAUCCAACAUCCAGAAGCCACAGAGCUUAUUGAUGAAUAUUCUUUCGUCUUUGGUAUUCACAUACCUUGGAGUAGUCUGGCGAACAUCUUUUUCACGGGACGACCACAUCCUCAGAUCUUCGUUGGAAAUUCGAUCGAAAUUGGAAUGAGUGGUAUAGCUUGUGCAAUUGCGGACAACUAUAUCAGACAAGUUUAUUUGGAUCACGAAACAACACCCGGAGAAGACAUAAUAGAGCUGCGUCGUCAAGCUGAGCUCUUCGUCAAUAGCCAUUCGUGCACAUACCUCUCAGAAGGUGUUGACGAGGAUGCUGAUGAUCAACAUUUUGGCAGGGCACUCGCAGACACGGUCGUCGAGAAACUGCCGGCACUUUAUAUUGGUAACACGGUGGAUUACGGAUGCGGUACUAGCUACGCACUCGCAGAGAGGUAUAUCCGCCACUGGUAUCUGGCCAACGACCCCUAG